AUGAACGUAAAUGGAACUCUAAAUGCGCUGAAACUGCUUUACAAUCCGUAUUUAUGUUUACCUCAGCUCACUAUUGGAAAUUUCAAACAGCUCCCUAUUCCAAUUGCCCCAUCUAUUAAGGCGGUUGUUCUCGACAAAGAUAAUUGCUUUGCAUUCCCCCAUGAAGACAGCGUCUGGCCAGAAUACAAGGAAACAUGGGAAAACUUGAAGAAAGCUUACCCCGGGGCCGCCCUGUUGAUUGUGAGCAACACCGCGGGAAGUAGUGAUGACAAGGACUUUAUAAACGCCAAAAUCCUGGAAAAGAAUACUGGGGUACCCGUCUUAAGACAUCGUGUUAAAAAACCAGGUUGCAAAGACGAGAUUUUUGACUACUUCCGAAAGAAGAACCUUGUAGAAAGUCCUGCAGAAAUCGCAGUAAUUGGGGAUCGACUAUUCACCGAUAUAAUGAUGGCUAAUAUGAUGGGUGCUUAUGGAGUUUGGUUGAAAGAUGGAGUAAAACCCUCGAAUAGCCCAUUAUGCAAGUUCGAGAGGUUGUUAUUUGACUACCUCACACCAGGAAACUGA